AUGACAUCGCAAGGCGACAAAGCCAUCAAGGCAGAGAUCUCCCACCGUCUGGAGCAAUACAAGCGUACUCCUCUAUCUACCCCGCUCGGCGCACAAGAGCGGAGACGUCAAGCUGCCCUUGAGGUACGGCGCAGACGGCGUGAUGCGAGCUAUUCUGCGGCUCGAGGACUCGACGCUGUUGAUGACCUUGCCCUGCCUGACAGCGAUGAUCUAGGCCUUGACGACCAGCCUGCGUCGUCAAAAGCGAACAAAAAGAAGAACAAGCAGAAGCAGCAAAAGUCAUCUCCGACCUCGUUCGCCAACGUGCUCCAACAGGCCGAGCUGCUCGACAGUCUGCCAGAGGACCUCGAUGAGAAUUGGAUGGCUUUGCCGUGGAUACCGAGUGGAAGACGAGUGCUCGCCAGAGUCGACUGGGAUGCAAGGUACGGAGAGGAUCGAAUGACCCUCUACUCACGGCGACGCGGCGAGGCUAUCAAUCCUGCCUCAUCCGGUCAGAGCAGAACAGCACCGCAGACGCAGUCACUGUCAGCUACCACGCACACGGAUGCAGGGCAAGAGGAGGACAAUGCAGCCCACACGACAGUCAUGGUGGAAGAGGAUGUCCCUUCGUAUGAUUCCUCAUCAUCUACCACGGCAGCCGCCGACCUUCAGCUUCCCACUGACUUCGCCUCGGGACCCAGCUCUACCAUGCCAUUUCCACACAAGCCUCCGCGCAAACGUCGUGGCGGUCGCUCCUCUCGCUCCCACGCGUCAAGCAACUUCUCUAUCCCCCUCUCCCAACCGCUCCCCCGUGGCACAGAGCUAGACUGCGUCUUCACGCCACGCAGCUCCACUCUCUGGGCUCUGGAUAUCCGCUCUUGGGGCACAAGCACAGAUCUCAGGGAGUGCGAUGCUGAGUUUCGCUUGUAUUGGUUGGAGGCGCGUCUGAGCGAAUUGGACCCACCAAUGUGGCCCGCACAUUUCCCUGCCGAUUCACUCAGAGGCGAAGAGAGAAUGCUCGAUGGCACUGGACCCUUCGCCUAUCCUUUCAUCAUCAAAGCGCUGCCCGUCGUCGCUGCGCCUGUACGUGGUCUCGAAGAGUGGAAGAGAAGGGUGCUAGAUGUCUGUCGGAGUCAAAACUCUCCUGACGCGUGCAGCAGGACGAAGGUCAGACGGAUAAUUACUGCAACUGCGGCAGCUCCUGAGUCUGGUGAGAUGGACGUUGACCGAGCAGGCGUAUCAGCGCCGACGCUCGUCACGUUGGAGGCUUUGCUCAUUGCUCCAGGGCCGCACACGCCAACAUCAGACGGCAUCCUCCUCUACCAUCGGGAAGGCGGGUACGUCGAAGGCGAGGCCCAGACCCCACUUGCGGCUUGGGUGCCAACAUGUGCUACAGAAGCAGGUGGCAUGGACGUAACUAAGUUUGAGAGGCUGCUCGAGGAGCGAGACAAGGGGACGGCUUCGUCUGCGGUCGCCGUAUUGGAAGAGGAUAAGAAUCUGUCUGGGGGCAUGGAGACGUGA